AGUCAAUCAAGCGUGCAAGCGGCAAUAAAAAGCCCUCCACCCCUUUCAAUUGAACGAUCACCAUGGAUCCUUUACAACCCAAGCACUCACCUGCCCAUAUACAUGAACCCACUGACAAUUCAACACUUUCUGAAGUAGAAAGCCUAUCUGACUCUGAGUGGCUCGAUGUUGCCAGUGGCCGUGAGUCUGAUAGUGACUCGAUCUAUUCGUCCAGGGGGACAGAUCAAGGACGCACAUCUUCACGUUCGCGGUCAAGACGUUCAUCAUUUAGCUAUGGAAGCUCCAGAGACGGAGACGUCGAUGCCUGGGAAGGCUUAAUUGAAGACAGUGCCGACGAGGGGCUAGUACCCGAUACCGUCCGCCUAUCCGGCUCUCCACUCGCCUUCUUUACUACUCCGACUGAUGAUGAUGUCGGUGAUGUUACAGAAGAGCAGCGUGUCAAAGAGGGCCUAGAUCAGAGUAUGAUCAGUACUCUGAGCUCCUCUCGCUCAAGCUCGGUUCACGCAUCCACUGUGAUUACGUCGUCGCGCGAUUUGCGUCUAUCCUUCCCGGAUCCCAUUUUCAGUUCCCAUGAAGAGCUCUCCAGCACUUCAUCCGAGAACAUAUCAUCGCCUUCCUCUGAUGCCAUGUUCUCUGGCCCGGAUCCCGAUGUCACCGUGCAUAUCACGGACCCGGGAGGACCGGACCUGUCUCACGCGCCCGGGAGCUCUUCAAUCCCCAUAACCAUUGAUGAUGCAGUAUCCGCCUUACUCGACUCUGACCUAAAUAUUACACUUUAUGGGUUUCAUUAUCCGCAUAAAUGGUCGUUUGUGUCCACACUUCUCGAGAAGGCUGUUCGUGGUGCUCGUCUCACCAUUACCACACCUCUCGAGGAGAUGGACGGUCCUGUUCGACAACUCCGCAUCGAUGGUAGAACAGACAGGAGCUUGUUUUACCCUCGCAUCAUUACAGUGAUCGACCGGACUCAAGGUGGCAGGGAAGACCCAUUAGCCGAUUUUUCCACAGGUCACCCAAGUUUGGCUAUCGUUUUCCUUCCAUUUUCAUCUCUGCAGCUUCCAGAGCAUGCAGCGUAUCUUCCUGUACUUGUCCCUGCUCCUUGCGUCAUAGACAGUCUCCAGUCUGAGGAUGCAAUUCGCAAUUCCGCGCAGGAGGCGUGGGACCUCUUUAAUGUCCCCAGUGACAGGGUCCUUCGACUUAGCGAUACUGCUUCAUGCGUUGUGAAUGCUGAUGUGAUUGAAAGUCUUCCUCCAUAUCGAGCACAUCGUGCUUUCGAUCGCAUCUUCCUUCGUGGUAAGAAGAAGUCGGUCAAGCUCUCAACCAAUUCGCCGCAUACUUUCACAAUACUUACUAUGGUGUCGCUUGUGCUUGGCGUUAUGGUAGGAUCCACAUUCCGCGGUACUGCACCUGCAGUUACCCCUACCCCUGUCACCACUGCCAUGGCAUCGGCCGCUUCAACGCCAUUCCUUUGGGCACUCCUCUACCCUGUCAUCAAUCGCUCGCACGAAUCCAUUCCAGCAAAGACCGAGUCGACAGCAAUGUCGAUCCACUCUUCUCUGAAAGACUUCGCCAUGUCAGUAUUCAACCCAGACCCCACAUCGGUUUCUAUCUUCCAGGAGACAUCUACAUCUGGGUUCCGGAUCACAUCUUCCUUUUCGGAGAAGCUAAAGCUUUCCAAGGAUGUCAUCCUUCGUCCGACUUCUUCCCUCAUGUCUCUGGAAGGAAGCACCAAUUCACUAUCUGUCGUUCCUAGUAUGACAUCCUCAAAGGCCCAUGUGGCAGAGGCAGUGCCAACUCCGUCUUCGUCCGCACUCACGUCAUCUACUCUUGGCCUGAGUUUCUUGCAGGACUAUCUGCCCAAAUUUGUGGACACGCAUGCGCCUGCUGUCCUAGCUGCUGUCAAUGCUGACAUGCAAGAUAUCAUUGACGCUCUCGAUUCCCUCGUCCAAGCCAUUUCCCGACAAGCUCACGUCAUGAUUGCUCAAACUAAUGCGCUUAUCCAGUAUUCGACAGUGCAGUUUGAGCAAAGAGCUCCAGAAUUUGAGGCAAUCAUGGAUGCUUUUAACGCCCGUAAUGAGCAUGCACAGCGUCGUGCAAAGGAGCUCAAGGAUAACGGGGCGAAAUGGCUCCAUGAAGCUGGGGAAGCUCUAAUGAACCGUGCUUCACGUGCGAGAGGGAAAGCCAAGGAGAUCACGGAGGACAUGGAGCAGAUCUGGGCUGAGUCGAGAGAGAAAUGGGAGGUGUCUAAGAUGCGUGGCACACAGAGGCGCUCGGGGAGGGGGUCGAGGAGGGGUUGUAAUAAGGCGAAGAAUUGUCGGGGGGGUCGUUCAAAGAAGUGCACUGGCGGGUGGUUGACACAUGCUCACUACUAUUGAAAGCAUGUUAUGUCGCUGAUUUCAUUCACUCUAUGGUAUGCUGUAUGACGUGUACAUUAUGUAUGAAGAUUGAAUAUUGAUCUAUGAUUGAAUAA